CUGGCAACUGGAGAGACGCCAACCGAGACUUCAACACAGGAUGGCUGAGGAAAUUGAGAAAACUAUCCAUCGCACCAAACGUGUUUUUAUCAAUAACCUUGACUCGUAUGCUUCUAAAUGUAUUGCAAAAUUCUUGUCAACCUGUGUGGUUGGUGCGUCCCUGGUGGACUCCGGAGAGGUGGAAGAGGAGGAGGAGAAGAUGUCCCAAGAUGACCACGCCAAAGUCAAGGAGGGCACCUUUCAGAUAGUGGGUACCAUUACCAACAAGUCUGAAGAGAAGAAUCCGCAUGUGUUGGAAGAGUAUUAUCAACUGGAAAGGGAGGCGCUCUUUCAGCACUUGUUGGAGUGUGAUGUCAUCAUUUAUAACAUCACAGAACAGGCUGACCAAGUAGAAGAGGCCUCAUGGGCUGUAUCAGCUCUCCAUUCUGAGAUGGUCCAGUUUGGUGAUCCAAAGAUGUUCAUCCUCUUGUCCACUGUGAUGACCUGGGCACUCAGCAAGCCGGUGGAUCCUGAUGAUCCACAGAUUCCUUUCACCGAGGAAGACUACAGGAGAAGGAAGGCCCACCCCAACUUCAAAGAGCACAUUUACUUAGAGAAGCUUGUGGUCAAGAUGGGAAAAACGAGGAGAGCAUUCUUUUCAACAUACGUUGUGGCAUCGGGACUCCAGUAUGGAAUGGGAGAGAAAAUAUUCCACUUCUUUUUCAAGACUUCCUGGUUGGGAGAUUUGCCUAAAAUCCCUGUCUUUGGAGAAGGCAACAACAUCAUUCCGACCAUUCACAUCAAUGACCUUGCAGGCGUUAUCCAAAAUGUGAUUGACCACAAACCAAAACUGAACUACCUAGUGGCUGUGGAUGACUCCAAGAACACCAUUGAAGACAUUGUCAAGGCGAUAGCAGUUGUGCUAGGUCCAGGCAAAAUCCAUCAACUUCCCAAAGAAGAUGCUUUCCUCAUCUGCGACCUGCAACAAAGGGACAUAGAUGCUCUCUUGGUCUACCUGCGGAUGGAGGCCGUCUACCUUAAAGACAAAUUCAACAUCCACUGGGUGUGUGAAUCGGGUCUCGUUGAAAACAUUGAGCGUGUAGUGGAGGAAUACAAGCAAACUAGGGAACUGCUGCCCAUCCGCCUGUGUAUCCUGGGCCCACCAGCUGUGGGGAAGAGCAUUGUAGCAGAGAGGAUCUGCAAGCACUAUAAGGUGCACCACAUCAGCCUGAAGGCUGCCAUCAACGAGACCCUCGCACACCUGGAGUCUCUCACCCACGUCGAGGAGGGCCCCGCUGAGGCGGAUGACUCGGCUGGUGGAGCGCAAGACUUCCUGGACACCCUGCGGGAGAACAUGGAUCAGAAUGGAGGUCGACUGGAUGACCAGUAUGUCAUCCGUAUCAUGAGAGACAAACUGAAAUCUAAACCCUGCACAAACCAGGGCUUUGUCCUGGACAGUUUUCCUAAGACCUACGAACAGGCAAAGGAGCUUUUCUGUGCUGAUGACGAUGAACCCGAAGACACAAAGUCCAAGGUUCCGCCUUAUAACAAGAAGAUCACUCCAGACUUUGUUUUAUCCCUUGACGCCUCCGAUGACUUUCUGAAGAGCCGGGUUCUCGACCUCCCUGAGAGCGUGGUGGAGGGAACCUCCUACUCCCAGGAGCAGUUCCUCCGCCGCCUGGCCAGCUUCCGAGAGAGCAACGUGGAGGACGAGACUGUGCUCAACUACUUUGACGAGCUGGAUAUACGCCCCGUUCACAUAGAGAUCACCAGCAGCGAUGACCGGGAGUAUCUGGUGGUGAUGGAGAGGAUCAUCAACAUAGUAGGCAAGCCAAAGAACUAUGGCCCCACCAGCCAGGAGCUGGAGGAGGAGGAGAGGAGGAGUGCUGAGACCAGACUCAGCCAGCAGGAACAGCAGAGCGCCGAGGAGGAGAGGAAGGAGGCAGAGGAGGCCGAGCAGAGGGCCAAGUGCUGGGAGGAGUGGUGUAAGCGUCUGGACGAGGUGAAGAAGCAGGAGCAUGAUCUCCUGGAAGCUCAGUCAGUCCCUCUGAGGAGCUACCUGAUGAAGAACGUCAUGCCCACUCUCACCCAGGGCCUCAUCCAGUGUUGCAAAACCAGGCCUGAAGACCCUGUCGACUUCCUGGCCGAGUAUCUCUUUAAAAGCAACCCCCAAGUCGAGUGAUGAUGAUGAUUCAACAGAACUUGAAAUGUCCUCGGUGAUCCUUUUCAAAAUGUUAAACAUUCACACAUUUGUUUGUGUUUCAUUGUUAAUAUGUUGUUAGGUUUCU